CACCUUAUUAGUUUCCUGGCACACUCCUCCCUAUGAAGGGGCUCUCACAAAACCUUCCUCCAGGGCCAUCAGUACCAGCACUAGGCAUAGAGACUCAGCAAUUGCCUAGGGCCCUGAGCAACUCAAGGGGGCCCCUUAUUAAUUAUUGUGCUACCCUUUUGCCUAGACAUGGCUGAGCAAGAUUCUCCAUCAUUAGUUGAAGUUGUAAAACAAGUAGCAGUACAGCAACACUUACAAGAUUCAGAAAUAGAAAAAAACAAAAGAGUUCUUUCUUAUUUGCAGGCUGAGCUUCAAGAAAUUGAAAAACAAAUGGAGUCUGUUUUAUUAGAAACAAAAGCAACAGAAAGACAAAUUUAUCAGCAAGAGGAUGACACAGAAACUACAAAAUGUCACUGUGAAAGUCUGGAGUCCCAAGUCAGAGACCUGAAUGCUGAAAAGAUAAAGCUGAAACUUGACACAGAAGCAGCUCAAGAAGCAUUUGAGAUGAUACUUGCAAGAAAUAGUGCGUAUCGUGAGAAAAUAAGGAUUCAUAAAGAGCAUCUUUGGGAAGCAGAAAGCAAAAUGCCAGUUAUGCUAGAACUUUUUAAAAAACGAGACAUGGUUAAAGUGCUACAGACAAAGAAGGAAGAAUUAAUGAAUGAUCUCCUGAAUCCUGAAGGACAAGUUAUAAAACAAGUACAGGAAGAAAUCACACAUAUAAAAGAGGAAGUUACUAUGGUAAAAGAGUGUAUCAAGGAAAAGAAUAAUUUGCUUGAAGAAGAGAAAAAAGUGCAUGCCACACUUAGAAAAGAGAUUGAGGUACAGAAUAAAAGAUGGGAUGCUAUUCUAAAACGUUUGCAUUGUCAACUGAAUAAGCUCCAGUCAAACAGAAGACACUGGCACUGGAACAUUCAACAGAUGGAAAAAAAGGCAGCUGACUUAAGAAAGUGCCUUGGGAUAACAGAGUGAUAUGUAGUACAGUACAAUACAAUGUUCAGCAAUUUAGAAUAUAUGAGAUCCUUUAUAAAUAACAGGUGGUUGUUGGCAAUAAUCCCUUGAACCUUGGACUAAGGAUGAGUGAUUUUCCCCCCUCCUGCUCUGUGUCCUAGAAUAUUUUGUGUUUUGUACCAACCUUUAAUGGCUAAAGCAAUAUUCUUUUUUGUUUAUAUGGCCAGUCACUGCUCAGGAAAGAAUUUAUUACAAUUCCCAGGCUGCCUCCAAAAGCAUCUACCAACAUUAGCAGCUCCCUUAAGGCCAUGUGAAUUUGCUAUGUUCCAUUUCAUUUGGUUGGAUUUUUUUAAGAUCGUGUUCUGCAUUGUUUUUCUGUCUGGGAAAUUCAUAUGCGGCAGGUAAUUGCAUUUAAUGAGACACAGAAGCUUCAGCUGCUUCAUAUACAGUUCUAAUUAGUGCAGUGUUCUAAGUAACCUAUAGCUCUCUGAUUGCAUUUUGCAAUGCAGAAGAGUCAG